UCCCGCGCGCUGGAGAAGUGCAGUUCCCCCUGGUUACCGAGUCGUCGCCCCUUCCUUUGCUCCGCGGGUGCCGUGGGAAGGCGCCUGUCAAAGGCGGAGCCGCUUGUCUUCAGGGUGUCGUCGCUGCCGCUGCAUCCGCUCGGGGCUGGAACGCUGUCUUUAGUCGCUGGCCCUGACAGGCGCCCGCAGCGCGUCGCCAUCCGGGAUGUCAAGCGAGGAGAGCUACCGGGCCAUUCUGCGCUACUUGACGAACGAACGCGAGCCCUACGCGCCGGGCACCGAGGGCAAUGUCAAGCGUAAAAUCCGCAAGGCUGCCGCCUGCUACGUAGUUCGUGACGGGACGCUGUACUACCAGCGCCGGCAGCGGCACCGCAAGACCUUCGCGGAGCUGGAGGUGGUGCUGCAGCCCGAGCGGCGCCGCGACCUCAUCGAGGCCGCGCACCUGGGCCCCGGCGGCACGCACCACACGCGGCACCAGACGUGGCACGACCUCUCCAAGUCGUACUGGUGGCGAGGUAUAUUAAAACAAGUCAAAGAUUACAUAAAGCAGUGCAGCAAAUGCCAGGAGAAACUAGAUCGCUCUCGUCCAAUAUCAGACACUUCAGAAAUGCUGGAAGAAUUGGGACUGGACCUUGAAUCUGGAGAUGAAAGUAAUGAAUCAGAGGAUGACCUUAGCAACUUUACUUCACCUCCAACUACAGCCUCCAAGUCUUCAAAAAAGAAGCCUGUAUCUAAACAUGAACUUGUAUUUGUUGAUACCAAAGGAGUGGUAAAACGUUCUUCCCCGAAACAUUGCCAGGCUGUUUUGAAACAGCUGAACGAGCAAAGACUUUCCAACCAGUUCUGCGAUGUUACAUUGUUAAUUGAAGGAGAAGAGUAUAAAGCUCAUAAAUCUGUUUUGUCCGCUAAUAGUGAAUAUUUUCGGGAUCUUUUUAUUGAGAAAGGAGCUGUUUCCAGUCAUGAGGCUGUGGUGGAUCUUUCUGGUUUUUGUAAAGCAAGCUUUCUUCCUUUGCUGGAAUUUGCCUAUACUUCUGUACUAAGUUUUGAUUUCUGUAGCAUGGCUGAUGUAGCCAUCUUAGCCCGUCAUCUUUUCAUGUCAGAAGUCUUAGAAAUUUGUGAGAGUGUACAUAAGCUAAUGGAAGAAAAGCAGCUGACAGUAUAUAAGAAAGGUGAAGUUCAAACAGUUGCAUCUACCCAGGACUUACCUGCACAGAAUGGAACUACAGCACCACCUGUGUCUAGCAGUGGGGGAACCACAGCUUUAUCUAGUGCACUUGGGAGUUGUGAAAUCGUACUACUAGUGAAUGGAGAGUUGCCAGAGUCUGAGCAGAAUGGAGAGCCAGGACCACAGCUCACACCCCAGGUUUCUUCAGAGGCUGAAGUGGUUAGGUCAUCUGUGGGAACUGAUUCCCAUUCUGAAAUGGAAGCUGCUAACUUAGAGGCAAAAACUAACCAGACGGAGUUAGAGACUGCAAGCACCAGGGAAGAUGAUACAGUUUCUACUGUCCAUUCUGCACUUUCAAAAGAGAAUAUAAUCACCGUCUCUGAAGAGGAUAGUGAUGUGGGAAAUGACAUAUCAACGGAGGAUAUCUGUGCCAGUGACAUUCCAGAACAUAGUCAGAAUCUUGACCAACCUCUAAAAGAUCAGGAAAAUCUAGUCACACCAGCAGCAAAGACAGAUCCCAGCCCUGAUGACGAUACCUAUAGAAGCAGGCUUCGGCAGCGGUCUGUUAAUGAAGGGGGAUACAUUCGGCUACACAAGGGCAUAGAGAAAAAGCUACAAAAACGGAAGGCCAUUCCCAAGUCAGCAGUUCAACAGGUGGCCCAGAAAUUAGUUCAAAGAGGGAAAAAGAUGAAGCAGCCAAAAAGGGGAGCUAAGGAGAGCACUGAAGAAGCGGCCCAUAGGUGCGGGGAGUGUGGAGUAGGGUUCCAGAGGCGCUACGCCUAUAUAAUGCACACAUUGAAACACGAAAGAGCUAGAGAUUACAAGUGUCCGUUAUGUAAAAAACAAUUUCAAUAUAGCGCUUCAUUGCGAGCACAUCUUAUUCGACAUACCAGAAAGGACGCACCCACCUCAUCUUCGUCCAGUUCUGCAUCUAAUGAGGCGCCAGGAGCAUCAUCUGAGAAAGGCAGAACCAAACGAGAAUUUAUAUGUUCCAUAUGUGGAAGGACCCUGCCUAAAUUAUAUUCUCUCCGAAUACAUAUGUUGAAGCAUACUGGUGUAAAGCCACAUGCAUGUCAGGUCUGCGGGAAAACUUUCAUCUAUAAGCAUGGUCUAAAAUUACACCAGAGUCUCCAUCAAUCACAAAAGCAAUUCCAGUGUGAGCUAUGUGUCAAGUCAUUUGUUACCAAACGGAGUCUUCAGGAACAUAUGAGUAUUCACACAGGAGAGUCUAAGUACUUUUGCUCAGUUUGUGGAAAGUCUUUUCACAGGGGCUCUGGACUGAGCAAGCACUUGAAGAAACACCAGCCAAAGCCUGAAGUUCGAGGUUAUCAUUGUACUCAAUGUGAAAAAAGUUUCUUUGAAGCUAGAGAUCUUCGCCAGCACAUGAACAAGCACCUCGGUGUGAAGCCCUUCCAAUGCCAGUUCUGUGACAAGUGCUACAGCUGGAAGAAAGACUGGUACUCCCAUGUGAAGUCGCACUCUGUCACUGAGCCGUACAGGUGUAAUAUAUGUGGCAAAGAAUUUUAUGAAAAAGCUUUGUUUAGAAGGCAUGUAAAAAAAGCCACCCAUGGGAAGAAAGGAAGAGCAAAGCAGAACUUAGAACGAGUGUGUGAACAGUGUGGAAGAAAAUUCACUCAACUAAGAGAGUAUAGGAGACAUAUGAAUAAUCACGAAGGAGUCAAACCAUUUGAGUGCUUAACCUGUGGAGUAGCUUGGGCUGAUGCCCGCUCACUAAAACGUCAUGUCCGAACACAUACUGGUGAACGGCCUUACGUGUGUCCUGUAUGUAGCGAAGCCUACAUAGAUGCUCGGACACUUCGUAAGCAUAUGACUAAAUUCCACAGAGACUAUGUGCCUUGUAAAAUUAUGCUGGAAAAAGACACUCUUCAGUUUCAUAACCAAGGAACUCAAGUGGAGCAUGCUGUUAGCAUUUUAACUGCAGACAUGCAGGAACAAGAGAGCAGCGCUCCUCGAGAACUUGAGGCUGUCGUCGUGACAGGGGAAGCCAUGGAAGUCCUCGAAGCUGUUGCAGCUACUGAAGAGUGCCCAUCUGUGCCCACGCUCUCUGACCAAAGCAUUAUGCAGGUGGUCAAUUAUGUGUUGGCACAGCGGCAGGGACAGAAGCUAUCUGAAGUUGCAGAAGCUAUUCAGACUGUUGAAGUAGAAGUGGCGCAUAUCGCAGAAGCAGAGUGAAGGCCGCCAUCACAAAAAGCGGGGCAACUACAGCCACCGACCUCACAGGCGUUUGCUUACAGCUAGUGCCAUGUCACUGUCUGCUUAAAGCUUACAUGUCAGUGCUCUGGGCUGUUGGUGAUGUUUCUCAAUCCUGUCUGGCCAGUGAGUUCUGUAGAAAAGUCCACUUUUUGUAAAGAACCUGAAAAGAAAAACCUUUUUGAUGGUAGUGGGUUAUCAUGGUAUGCCUUUAUUAAUGUAUACAUACUGUACUGGAUUUAAACGUGUACGGUUUCAUUUGUAUUUUGACAUUUUAUUACAUAUUUUGAAUUUAAAAGGCUGUACCAGUCGGCUUUUCAUCUGUUUUACUCUCAAAAUACAGAGGUUCUUUGACUUCAGUUGCCAUUUGUGGAUUUUAAAAAUUCUAAUAUAAAGCAUUUCAGUAGGAUGCAUAGGUAUGUUACAUGUUUUAAAAAGCUUUUGAUCUGUGAUUCUUGACUUAACUAUUUAUUUUAACCACUUUUAAGUCAGGGAUUCUUUAUUCUGUUUUAAAGCACUUAAUGAGUUACAUGCUGUAAUCAAGUUCACACAAUCUAUUUAUCUGUAUGGAAACCCAUAAGUAAAAUAGCUAUUUUUAAAAUGCAUGAAAUGCCUAUUUUAAGCCUUACUAUACUAUCAUUCCAAGGCAAGUAAUUGGCCAUGAGAAAAGAGUAGUAGUAUUAAACUCUGUUAAUGAGAAUUUUUUCUUGAUAAUAAUAGACUGUAAGUGAAAAAAAUUCUUUUGCUGAAGAAUGAAAAAUUAAUGAAUGAAGAAGUUUGAUAUGUUUUAGCUUUUGUAUCAUGUUUGUUUAAAUUUGUUGGAAAACAGCAAUAUAGACAUCUGUAGUGGAUCUAUGGAUUCUAUAUACUUGUCAAUUAAUUUCAGAAGAUUGAAAACUUCAGUACAGCCCUCAUUAUACUAUACUACUUAAAGAAAUUGAUUAUGCUACUGUUAAAUUGUUGAACGUAUUUUGAAAAGGUAGCCUGAAAACUAUAUUGAUUCAUGUGUUUGAUUUUUAAGUUUUCACUUCUCUGUCAAGUUUUCAUCUUUGAAAAUAACCACGGGGAACAACCAUUCAGGCCAUAGUUGUCAAAAUUAAGCUUUUAGGUAUUAGAAGCUAUCUUAAGGUACAAAAUUAAGAUAAACAGACCAUACAUAAAUCAUUCCUAAAGCACAAGAAGUGAAUGUGCCUUGAUGUACAUAUAUUAAGAUGCUUAUUCCAGUUUACUCCACAAAUGGCUUUAAGAGUAAAGAGAAAUGUGAUCGCUGUGCAUGCGUCAUACUGGCAUAUGUAAUAUUUGCAUUUGCAAAUUUCUUGUUUUAUUAGCUGUGUGGCUUUCAGUUAAGUGAAUCUGCAUACAGCCCAUAACUUUAUAAUGGCUGCUCAUUUGUCUUAUCUUCAGUUAGUGAAAAAGUGUUUCAACUUAACUAAAAAUUGAAAUGUUGUUGUCUAUGUUCCACUUUUCACCAUUGUUAGACUUAGUUAAUUGUAUAAAGCCAUUAAUGUAUGUCAUAAAUAUGUUGUAAAUAAAAGAUGUUCAGUCUUGUUUAAAAACAAA